UUCCAGCCAGUCCUUUCCCCCUUCACUCCUAAAGCCGUCGCAUCUCGUGUGUGAGCUUCGGGCAUUGUCUAUCUUUUGUCACGGGCUCACAGCGCUCUGUCUCUUCAACUACUUUAGUGCUUUCGUCACUUUCUCUCUCUGAGUCCGAGAGCAACCUGGCCGAAGAAAAAUCCAGUGUAAAGUGCGAUGUGCCUUUGAAAGUUUGGUGCCAAUCAAUUCCUCUCUGGUUCUUUCGUCUUCACACUGGACGGAGCCUGGCGUUUCUCUUUAGUUGCAGUAUUUCAAAACAGAAGAGUGGAACAGAACCCACUGAAACGACCUUCCUCGUUUUGCUUUCCGGAAUUUCUUCCAUACUCUUUGUAUCAUCAACCUCAGCUUCGCGUAUUGCGAGAAUUACAAGUAUUUGACAAGAUGUUCAUAGGUCACGCUGACGCUUUAUCAGAAAUGAAGUCAUUGAAGGAUCAGAUAGUUGCGGACCCUAUAUCUGAACAAAGUGAUGAUGAAGAUGAAGAUUCUGUGGAACAGAUAAUUUAUACAGCCUCCUUUCAAGAACUUGCGAGAAAUAGCAUUCAAUAUGACACUGUAAUAUGGCUCUCUGUUUCGCUGUUACUGAUAUUGGCUUGGGGAGUUGGACUUAUUAUGUUGCUUUACCUCCCCCUUAGGAGAUAUGUUCUUCAAAAGGAUUUAUCUUCUCGUGAAUUGUAUGUCACCCCUACUGAAAUAGUUUACAAGGUGUCAAGGCCUUCCUUCAUACCCUUUUGUGGUAUUGUUACAAUUGAGAAGCACGUACCUCUUGCUCUGGUGAUUGAUAUUAUUAUUGAGCAAGGUUGCCUGCAGUCUAAAUAUGGAGUUCAUACUUUUCGAGUUGAAAGCAUAGCCCAUGGAAAAGCCGCACCUGUUGAUGAGCUUCAAGUUCAAGGGGUUUCUGACCCUGAUAUAUUGAAAAAGGUGAUCAUGACAGCAGCUUCAAAUAUCUCACAAGAUGGAAGGACAAGUUCAAAACCAAUUGCUCAGAGUGUAGAUGUGGAAACAUUGACUGAGGGAUCAGUUGUUUUCAGAUCACCAUCUAAAUCUCUGAAGAUGAUGAGCCCACCUCAAUCUGCUUCGCGAGAACCAAGGGCACCUAGUAGAAUGGUGCUCAAUAGACUUGAAGAAAUCAAUAGAUCAGUAAAGAGGCUUGAGCUGUAUUUUGAGAAGUCAUAUGCUCCCCCUGAAAGCAGCUGAAUUAAGAAUCCCUUGGUUAAUGACUUCAUGCGGCUGGAAUUUCAAAUUAUAUGUACUUCAUCUGUUGCUACUCUUGACUUUUCUGUAUAGAAUCCUGCAUGAUAUCUGUAGCCAUGGAUAUGAUUGGGUUUUUCUCUGGUGGAAAGUUCUUUCUUCAAAUGAUGAUGCACUUUACAUUGUCUUAGCUGAACUGUAUUUUGGAUGAUUGAUGAGAUUUAUUAACCAAAUAUGAAAUUACAUUCA